CUGACAGCAGCCUUCUACAACACCUAUAAAAUCCCCCUCUGGCUAAUGCACCACAUGCUAACGAGGCAAAUACAGAGCUCUAAUGGAAGCAAGCAGCAGAGUGACGGUGCAGGUGUUGUUGUUGGCGUUGGUGGUUCAAGUCACCCUCUCCCAGCACUGGUCCUAUGGAUGGCUACCAGGUGGAAAGAGAAGUGUGGGAGAGCUGGAGGCGACCAUCAGGAUGAUGGGCACAGGAGGUGUGGUAUCUCUUCCUGAAGAGGCGAGUGCCCAAACCCAAGAGAGACUUAGACCAUACAAUGUAAUUAAUGAUGAUUCCAGUCAUUUCAACCGAAAGAAAAGGUUCCCUCAUAAAUGAAGAGCUCCUAAAAAAAAAAGAAGAGAAGCAGACUGUAUUUGCAUUAUCAUCAGCA